GAAACAGUUCCCAUCUGCCAAUGAGAAUCCGGAAAGUAAUCAGAGGGAAUUACCAAGAAAAUAUGCUUGAAGUCUUUCCAUUCUGGCAUAAAGUCAUUGUUAGCGCUGCUUAGCAUGUGAGAGGAGAAGAAAGGAAGAGCCAGACACUGAUUCUGAAAUCUUGAAACAUUUACAACAAAACGCUGUUUUCUUUGCUCCUCUUGCAAACGUCUGAUCAGAAAUAAUGCGUUUCAUUGCUGUCUUUGCUCUCCUGACGGCCUGUGCCCUGGCUGAUGACUCUCACUAUUCGAUCUCGAAGUCGGUGGGAGGGGGAGGAGGUUCCUCGUACAGCAUGGUGGGCGACGGCAGCAUCACCGGCGUGAGAGUGUGGGAGGUCUCCUCCAACUACAUCUACGGCUUUCAGCUCCAGUAUGAAUUUUCCGGCUGGACUCCGGUUGUCGGCUACGUUUCUGGCGUACCCAACGAGAUGAUUCUGUACGAUGAUGAAAAAAUCAUCCAGAUCUCUGGAAAAUACACGCACUACAUCCAGUCGAUCAUCUUUGUCACCAACAAAGGCCGCUCGCUGCAGGUCGGCCAGCCGUCAGGCCAUUCCUUCAACAUGUAUCCGACCCACCAAGACGCAGAGCUGCGCUUCCUGAGCGGCUGGGUCAGUGGGCUGCCCACUGCCCUGCAGGCCCACUGGGCCGUCCCGGACUCUGACUUCACUGAUCAUUAAUGAGCAGUGAUGAAGAAAAAGUGAUGCAAUGCUGCUGAGUUCACUUAAACAAUUUACAUUUUUCCCAAAUUUACAGCUGAUUGUGUAUCACUUAUUUUUAAAUCAACACUUUAAUUGACUUUUAAAUUACGAUCUGGUAAAGUAGAAUGAUUAGUACUGUUUAUUUACAAAAGUUUCUCUUUUAUAGAUUUCUUUUCAACAUUUUAAAGCAGUUGUGAUUUAAAAAAAAUAAGUAUCAAACUAAAUAUACAUGAAGGUAUUUCAUAAAAUACCCAACUUUAUUUCUUUUUUUCCUAAAUAUAAAGAUAAAUGCUUCUACUAAAACAUGUCUAAUUUGGUAAAGGGCGUAUGUUAUAUUGUUUGUUUUUUUUCAUUUUGAAAGAUAAACAUUCUUGUGUUCUUGCAUUAAAGCAAAAAUAAAUUAAUAAAAUUAAUCGCUUCAUAUUUGUGCC